UCUUACAUGACAAAUAUAAUCAAGAUGGAGGAGAAAGCGCCAGAUGAAGAAGGAGACAUGGCCCGUGUGAGGCAUCGCCAGCGGCGUGGGAUGCUGAAGAUGUAUUACGGGGUUGGCGAAGAGUCCGGAAAGUCAACAGAAAUUGAUUACAGUGACAUCAAUGGUGCACAUUUCAAACCUGAAGUGUAUUUGGAAAAACUUUUCAAAGAGAAGUCCUUGAACGACUUGAUGGAAAAAGAAGUAGAUGUAUCGAAACAAAUCAGAUCGUUGGACAGUGAGAUGCAGACCUUGGUGUAUGAAAACUAUAACAAGUUUAUUAGUGCAACUGACACAAUACGAAAGAUGAAGCAUGAUUUCAAGAAAAUGGAAGAAGAGAUGGAUAAGCUAAAGAAGAACAUGUCAACAAUCACAGAUUUCAGUGAAAAAAUAACAGGUACACUUCAAGGGAAGAGGCAACAGAUCACAAAGUUAUCAGGUGUUCAUGCACUUCUGAAAAAGCUUCAGUUUUUGUUUGAGUUGCCAUCAAGACUAAACAAGUGUGUUGAAAUGAAACAAUAUGGACUUGCUGUCAGAUAUUAUACAAAAGCUAGAGAUGUCUUGUACCAUUACAGUCACAUGCCAUCCUUCCAUGGCAUUCACCAAGACUGCGAUGAAAUAGUAAAACAGCUGAUAGUUCAGCUGAGAGAACAACUCAGAAAUCCAAAGUCAACACCCAAACAGCUGGCAGAAUGUGUGGAUCUUCUCCUACAACUGAGGGAACCUGCAGAUGAACUGUGUGAUGAAUUCUUAGCACAUGCACAAGAGAGACUGGAUGAAAGUCUUAAAAUGCUUAAGGUGCAAGUGGAAUUAAAGUUGUCAGGAGAUAUACCAGUGGCCACCAAAGAGGGAGAAGAAAAAGAUCAAGAACAAGAAGGAAAACCAGUGAGACCCAUGGACUUAUUGGAGUUCAUUGACUGUGGCUGUAAUGGCUUCCUGAGUUCAAUCUGUUUGGUGAUUGCAUCUUACAAGGAACAAUUUAUUCAAAGGCAAAUGACAGAGCAUGGUCAAGAUCAGCAAGAUUUGGCAAAGAUAGUUACUGAGAAACUAUCUAAUUUCAUUCUAUCAUUGAUGAGUGAGUACUUCAAACUUACAGAAGCCAGGAUUGAACUGGAGUCGGAUACUGGUGACAAUGUACUGUUAGUGCGAGCACUAGAUCGCUUUCACCGAAGACUUCAAGCAGUUCAGCAGCUCCUUCCCGAGAUUGGCGUUGGACGUUCGGGAGCAAAUAUAGUGGCCCGGUCUGCUCACAAUAGAGUGAAAGACUACUCGAAAAGCCUUCGACAGCACUUUGCCGUUUGUUUAACAGAUACCAGACAAACCCUUGCAACUCCGUCAGGAAGCGACAAACCACCUUCCCUGUCGGAUUUGUUGUCAACCAUGACUAACUCUCUCACCAACCAGGUGAAGCUGAUCCUUUGCAGCUUAAAGACCUUCAUUGGAUCAGAUAUUACAUUUGCCGUGAAACCAUACUUCCGAGGACCUUUCUGUUCAGAUGAUGUCCGAGAGGGCCUGGUGGUAGAGUUUAUACGUCACGUGCUGCGAUCGGCUAAGGAUUUUUGUGACAUUGGAACAGCUCCUCCAGCUCUUAUUCUUUUGUUAUCGAGAUUAUGUCUUGAUUUUCAAGAAUCAACUAUCUCUUAUAUGCUGAGUCUCACUGACGAGCAAUUUCCAGUAGACGAGGAGUUGGGACGAGGAAGCCUGACAACUUCCGUGUCAGAUCUCGCUACAGAAGCUCGGCACAUUGCACAGAGCCUUUUGAAUCAUUAUGUGAGAAUGCAAGGGCUAACAAUCUCUCAGAUGAUUCGUAAGAGCGUGGAAACACGGGACUGGCUAAACACGAUUGAACCUCGGAAUGUUCGUGCUGUUAUGAAGCGAAUCGUGGAGGACGUGACAGCUAUUGAUACACAAGUUGGACAGUUGUACGAGGAGGGUGUGCACAAAGCCCACAGUUCAGACUCCAGUAAGUUUACCUAUACAUAUCCAACCAAACCAAGCCGUAGUCAGUGGAGUUACACAGCCAGCACCGCAUUCGAUUCUAGCCUUCUCAGUAACAUUCAGAAGCUGUUCUCAGAGAGAAUCGAGAUCUUUAGUUCGGUGGAAUUCUCCAAGGUCUCUGUAUUGACGGGAAUUGUUAAGAUAGGAUUAAAGACUGUUCUGGAGUGUGUACGACUUCGGACGUUUGGAAAAUAUGGUUUACAGCAGAUCCAAGUUGACACGCACUACCUGCAGAUGUACUUAUGGAGAUUUGUAUCCGAUGAGAAUUUGGUUCACUUCAUGUUGGAAGAAGUGGUCAACAGUACCGUCAAUAGAUGUCUGUCACCAGAACUAAUGGAACCCAGUGUGAUUGAAGUGAUCUGCGAAAGAGGGUGAGAUGAGACGGAAUGAAAGAAUAAACUCAGUGCCUUACACCUUGUUCGAGAAUUUGCAAAUGCAGGACACUAUUUGUCUGAAGAUUGAAAGUCCGUCACUACACCAUCAAAUUCUUACUUCCUUCAAUCGAAUUCUCACCUGGCCCCGGUUGUUCGAAGGUUGGAUAGCACUAUCCAUUGGAUAAAACUCUAUCCCAUGGAUAACGCUAUACAUUUUGCUGUCACUUAUCCGCUGGAUAGCAAUUUAUCCGUUGGAUAGCGUUAUCCGCCCUUUAUACAACUGGGCCCUGGAGGACUCCACAUUGAUUGGAUAGAGAGAGCAAAUCUAGUUACAGUCCUACGUAUCAUAUGGACAAGAGUAACAAACGAGUCGAACAUUUCCAGAGUAGACCAAAAUGACAUUUUAAUUGCUAUAAGGUUUUCAAGAUUUCAUCUUUUGUCCAAGACAAAGAGCUCAGGAUGAUUGAAGUCGUAUCAUAAAUAUUGUUGACAAAAAUUGAGCAAAUAAAAGUAUUCUGAAUAAGA